UAUCCAAUUAAAACGACAUAACAAUAGACUCCCAAAUCAUCCCCAGAAUUUCUCAAAUAAUCCCCAAACAUCUAAAACCGACAAAUAAUCCCAAAUAACAGAAAACAUCAAUUAAUGAGUUUCUAACAUCUCCGCCUCCUUGAAAAAUAACCUUGCCCUCAAGGUUGUAGCUCCUACUCCAGCUCCGGAUGUCUUACUUCCUCAGCUUCAUCCUCCGCCUCGUCUUCCUAGGGUCCCACCAGCAUCAUCAAGUCUGGUUUGGCACACUUGUGCCCCACUGUGAACCUCUCAGCGCAGUUGAAGCACUUUCCUUCCCUUCUCUUCUGCUCGAUCUCGGCCGGAGACAGUCGCACGAAUCCCUUCAACAGCGGCCUAGGUUCCGGACGUGCUAUGGUAGUCGUGCCGGUCGCUGUCAAGCCCGCCCCAGCAGGCGUGCUCCCUCCGCCGCCGCUAGACGCGGUGCACCACCCCCACUUCCGACAACCUUUGGAAAGCGCCCAAUCGUGCUCCUCCAACUUGCUAGCUCCUCUUCCUUGUGACAUGCAAGACGAAAAGCGGUCCUCAAAGAAUCUGGUUCGAAAACCUUGACCGCAACGGCGAUAUCUGGCUUCAGACCGACCAUACACAACCCAACUAAGGUCUCCACCAGUACACCCUUGCAUUGGUUGCCAAGCUUGAAGAAUUCCGCCUUGUAUUCCGCCAGCGUCCCCGUUUGACGUAGUUUAGCCAUUUGCUCCGGCGCCCACCCUUCCGACUUACCGAACUGGUACCGCAACUCCUCCUGGAACAAGGGCCAGGUGAUCAAAGUC